AAAUGGAGAAUGAAUAAGAAGAACUAUUCCCCUCACUUCUCUUGUGUCUUUCCUCCUCCAAUCUUCUCUUGUUGUUGCAUUUCCAUUAGUUUUAUAACACGUUAUCAGCACGAGACUCUUCCUUUUGAAAAGGUUAAAUCCAUAAUUGUUCUGCUCAAGUAUGUCGAACCUUUCAAAGCUUGAGUUUGUGGCUCUUGAUGUCACUGGAAAGAAUUACCUAUCAUGGGUGCUAGAUGCUGAAAUUCAUUUAGCUGCCAACGGUCUUGGAGACACGAUUAAAGAGGGAAAUGAAGCAUCAGAUCAAGACAAAGCUAAAGCAAUGAUCUUUCUUCGACAUCACCUCCACGAGGGAUUGAAGAAUGAGUAUCUUACGAUCAAAGAUCCACUUAUUUUGUGGACUAAUUUGAAGGAACGGUAUGACCACCAAAAAACUGUGAUUCUUCCUAAGGCUCGUUAUGAUUGGAUGCAUUUGAGGUUACAAGAUUUUAAAUCUGUGAGUGAUUAUAAUUCGGAGCUAUUCAAAAUAACAUCACAACUACUGUUAUGUGGAGAAAAUAUUACUGAUGAAGAUAUGUUGGAAAAAACAUUCUCCACUUUUCAUGCAUCCAAUGUGCUCCUGCAGCAGCAAUAUCGUGAGAAAGGUUUCAAGAAAUAUUCUGAGCUGAUUUCUUGUCUCCUUGUUGCUGAACAAAAUAAUGAGCUCCUAAUGAAAAACCACCAAUCUCGUCCUACUGGUGCCGCCCCAUUCCCAGAAGCGAAUGCGGCAACGUUCACCCAAUAUCCUUAUGGGCAAAUACAUGGACGUGGACAUGGACGAGGACGUGGGCGUGGUCAUGCUCAUGCUCGAGGCCGUGGCCGAGAUCUUGGUCGUGGUAAUGGUCGUGGUGAAAGUUCCAAAAGCUCAUUUUUCCCCAGAAGUGGAAAAAAUGAUGGUAGAAGAAGCAAGGAACAAAGUGUUCAUGGUAACAAACACGUCGAAAAUGUGUGUUACCGUUGUGGUGGAAAAGGUCAUUGGUCUCGUACCUGUCGUACGCCAAAACACUUGGUUAACCUCUACCAAGAAUCAUUGAAAGGGAAGAAGAUAGAAACCAAUUGUAUUUUUGAGGAAGAUGAUUCAGGAAAAGACUAUAAUGAUGCUACUCAUCUAGAUGUGUCAGACUUCUUUGCCCACCCUGAAGGAAAAAUAGAUCACCUGAUUGGUGAUGGGAAUGUUCGCAAGUGAAAAACUUAGCAUUUCCAUUUGAAAUUUCUAUUUUGUUGUCGCUUUGUUCACAAGUGAAAAGUGUAGGUUUCCCAUUUGAAAAUUCACUUUCUUUGUCGUUUUCCUUGAGUGUGUUUUUCCUAUUAAUGUGUCAGUUUAAUAUAAUUUCUCUUUAUAAUCCUUAUGUGGUUAAAUUUCAUCUAUUAUAAUCAUGUCAUUUUUUUAUAUUUAUUUGGAGAUAUUUUCUUAUAUUGAUUUACUUUCUAUCUUUUGUGAAGAAUGAAUAUUCCCAUGCUUGGCACCAAGAUCAAAAACCAUGAUGUGUGUCUUAUUGAUAGUGCAUCGACACAUACAAUCUUGAAGGAUAAGAAAUAUUUUUCUCAUCUUGAAAUGCGAGAAGCAAAUGUUAGUACUAUAUCUGGAAGUACAAAUCUAAUUGAAGGCUCCGGAAGAGCUAGUGUAUUGUUACCAGAAGAAACCAAGUUGUAUAUCAAUGAAGCCUUAUACUCUUCAAAGUCUCAAAGAAAUUUAUUGAGUUACAAAGAUAUUCGCCGAAAUGGAUAUCAUAUUGAGACAAAGGAAGAAGAGAAUAAAGAGUAUAUUAUGAU